UCUGAUACUUAUUACAUGGUGUCAGAAGUAGUAGGAAUGUCGUAAAAAAAACGGAGGAAUCGAGAAAGUGUCGAAAAAACGCGAAAACAAACCACAAUAAAAGCCCGAUUUGUUUUGUCGCCGUCGGAAGUGGCCACAAAGAAACCGAAAGAAAAAACCACAUCACACCACCACAUUCUUAAUCGGUCGGUCGUCCGUCAUCGUAGUGUACGAUUGUGAAACGGAACGUCGUGAGUGUAAGCUAGAAACGUGUGCACUCACACAGUGACAACGAAACGUCUAGAGACAGAGAGGUGAUUCAAUGUGAAUUGUGAUCAUGGCUACUAGUGCAGAUCGUUUGCCGCAGCCCUUAGAUUGCACCAAUCUGGCGAAAGAGUGGCCUCGGUGGAAGCAGAAAUUCAACAUUUACAUGAUCGCGAACAACAAAACCGGUGAGACGGAGAGGAGUAAAAUCGCUUCAUUCCUAUGGUUGGUUGGUGAACAUGGUGUGGAAAUCUACAAUUCUCUAUUUCCUAAUAACGGUGAUGUGGAAACUAUGUUUGGAGGAGUCGUUGCUGCUGCCGAUGAAGAUGACGACAACGACGAUCCAGCACAAGAGCGUACACUUGCAGAUGUGAUUAACGCUUUUGACUCAUAUUGUCUUCCCCGAAAAAAUCUGGCUGUUGAAGCGUUCAAAUUCAAUUUGAUCGUUCAGAAGGAAAAGCAGCCAUUUGCGGAAUUCGAAACGUCACUACGUACUCAAUUGGCGUACUGUGAAUUCGAAUGCGAAUCGUGUCGUGCGUCGUAUGCGGAACGAAUGUUACGUGAUCGGAUUAUCCUUGGCAUCCAGGAUAAAAAACUACAGCUCAAGCUAUUGGACGGAAAGAAUGAACCACUGGUAAACAUCGUGGAAAUGUGCAAAGUUUAUGAAGCCGCUGCGGAGAACAAGCAAUUACUGGAGCGUAAGGAAGUGAAAAAUAUCAUCGAUAAAACCGUAAAGGAGAGCAGUGAAAUCGCAGUUUUGAAGUCACCAAUGUGCUACAAUUGUGGACAACCAUUCAACGGGCGCCACCGUCGCUUCUGUCCGGCAAUUGAUGUUGUCUGCGAUGGAUGUGGCCGUCGCGGUCACUUCAAGAAGUUCUGCAAGGCAUACAAGUACAAAAGCAGCAAUCAGAUCGGAGACAUCAAGGGUCACAACCAUACAGGGGGCACGUCGGUUGGAGCUUCAAAACGAGCAGUAGUCACCAAUAAAACCCAUGUGCUGAAUUGGGCAGAUGCAGAAUAAAUACGAAUACCGUGUCAAGUGGGGGUGCGACCGAAAAAUGGACCAAACGAUACCUGAUCCAGGACAUGCCUGUGGAUUUUAAACUUGAUACCGGCGCAGACGUCAAUUGCAUUCCGUUAAAUAUUAUUACUAAAAUGAAUAUUCCGUUUUCGAAUAAACGAUCUUUCAACGUAGUUGAUUAUA